AUGGAGAAGCUGUUCGAAUACGACAAGUCCAGACAGCCAGACAACAGUGCGUUUAAGCAGCAAAAGCUGCCGGGUCACCACCUCCGCCUCACCGCCACCGCCGUCCUCUCUAUCUUUUUUACCACGGGAUUAUUCUGCCUCUGUGUGGGCAUCAUCCUUAUAUUGUCUGCAAAGAACACCAAGAAAAUAGAGGUCAAUUACACAAAGCUAUGUGCAGAUUGUCAUGAACUUCGGGAUGAUGCCUCCAAGUUUAGGAAAGCAUGCACCUGUUCUAUUCCCUUUAACCUUCCAGAGAAAAUGAAGUGGAGACAACGUGUUAAAAGUUUUUCUUUAAUUACCAAAAGGAUGAUGUUUCUCUGUCAUAUUCCUUGUCUUUUCUCAGGAAGUGCAAAGCCCCCAUCCUGGUCUGUACCUAUCUAUGAACUAGAUAGAGAGGACCCAGGAAACAAUGGCUUCAUCAAUGAAGAUUUUAUUGUGUGGAUGCGGACAGCUGCCUUUCCUACUUUCAAAAAACUCUACCGCCGGCUCUCACGAGAACACUACUUUAAAGAAGGCUUACCUGCUGGAAACUACAGUUUCAACAUAUCUUAUAAUCCUUAACAAGGCUUCUUAUAUUUUCCAGUCACCAGGUUCCAAGGAGAGAAAUCUGUCGUCCUGUCCACCCUGACAUGGAGUGGAGGUGAUAGCCUUUUCUUGGGGCUUGUCUACACAGUAACAGGGGCAUUAACUUGGUUGAGUGCCUUUGCCAUAAUGGCAGUUUAUUUGAUGCUGAAAAACAGGAAAGAAAACUUAUCUUUAGACAGCUGUGAAGGGAUCAAGAGCAAUAACUCAGAAAUAGGGUCCCCUGUGGUCAGCAGAGCCCCAAAUUUGGACACGGCUUCACUUGCAUAUUCAUUGGCUUUAGCAGUUUGGCGAAAACGUAAAGAAGAUACCCCUGUGAGCAUCCCUCCAUUCCCCGCCCCGCCCCCAGCUCCACCGCCAGGGAUCUCAGCUCUCUACGUGGGAAGGACGACGCUAAGCGGACGCCAAGCAGCGAUUUCCCACGCUCACAGAGCCUCGCGCACCACGCCUCUAGCGCCAGACACCGCCUUUUCACCCUCGGGACGUCGUGACGUCACGGCGUCGCAUUCCUCCCGUUCCCUUGACCCCGCCCUGUUUCUUUCCCACUGUGGGAACCUCACUGCCCGACUUCCGAAGACCUUUUACGACGUUGGGUCUCACAGUCGUUCUCGGCGCCAGACCCACUUUCCGGCAAAGUGA